UGGGGGGGGGGGGGUCUUCGCGGAGGAAAUCAUGCAGUUUGCAAUCUGGCUGGUCGGACUAAUGUGUCAUCUGUCAGCGCUCGUGCGGGACACUUUGCAGCACCCAUUGCAUCCGAAACAAGAAAGCUUCAUCAAGCAGCUGUCAUCGUAUGAAAUCAUCACCCCGGUCCGCGUGAAUGACUUCGGGGAGUCGUUCCCCCACAAGUUGCACUACAGGAGGAGACGCAGAAGUUUGAAUGAGGACCUGUCGGGUCUACGGGUUCACUACCGGAUCGACGCGUUCGGGGACCGCUUUCACCUCAAUCUGACCGCGGAGUCCGGCUUCAUCGCCCCGUCUUACACGGUCACCCAUUUGGGAGCGGAACGCAGCGGCGGCGCGGCCGCGGACCCGCACCUCGGUGACCACCGGAGCGAUAUGCGCCACUGCUUCUUCCGCGGACAAGUCAACGGCGAGGGCGCGUACCCGGCCGUCUUCAGCCUGUGCACUGGCCUCAUUGGAACAUUUACAACGCAACACGGUGAAUACUUCUUGGAGCCUCUUUUAAACGCUGCAGGGGAGGAAUAUGACGAAGAGCACAACAAACCUCAUCUGGUCUAUCGGCACGAGAGGAAGAGGAACGUCUCGCAUCCCGACAACCACACGGAGCACUGUGCUGCCCCAGAGAGGUCCGAGAGGCCGGCUGCUCUGCAGAGCAGGUGGAGCAUGGGAGAGGAGCUGGACGCUCUCCGAUCCGUCGCAGCCGACGGACACAUCCGCGACGACAACUCCACCGAAGCGCCGCGCCGACGCAAGCGCUUCCUCUCCUACCCUCGCUACGUGGAACUGAUGGUGACAGCCGAUGCCAAAAUGGCGCGUCACCACGGACGCAACCUAGAGCACUACAUCCUAACAAUCAUGUCAGUAGUAGCAGCAGUGUACAAGGACCCUAGCGUGGGAAACCUCAUCAACAUCAUGAUUGUCAAGCUGGUCAUCGUCCACAAUGAACAGGAAGGACCCACUGUGAGCUUCAAUGCCGCCACGACGCUCCACAACUUCUGUGUCUGGCAGCAAAGCCAAAACUUCCAGGACGACAGCCAUCCCUCUCACCACGACACGGCACUCCUCAUCACCAGGGAGGACAUCUGCCGUGCAAAAGACAAAUGUGACACGUUAGGCCUUGCAGAGCUGGGGACCAUGUGCGACCCGUACCGGAGCUGCUCCAUCAGCGAGGAAAAUGGAAUCAGUGCCUCCUUCACCAUCGCUCAUGAGCUGGGCCAUGUGUUCAACAUGCCUCACGAUGACAACCCAAAGUGCCGGGAGGCGGGCCUGAAGCACCAGUAUCAUGUUAUGGCUCCCACCCUCAACUAUGACACCAACCCCUGGUCGUGGUCCAAGUGCAGCCGCAAGUACAUCACCGAGUUUCUAGACACUGGCUAUGGGGAGUGCCUCCUCGAUGAGCCCGGAGGCAGGACGUACGAGCUGCCCACCCUCCUCCCGGGGCAGACCUACAAUGCCAACAGACAGUGUGAGCUGAUGUUUGGACCCGGUUCCCAAAUAUGCCCUUACAUGAAACAGUGCAAGAGGCUGUGGUGUACCAGCGCAGAGGGGGACCAUAAAGGAUGUCGCACACAGCAUAUGCCACUGGCUGAUGGGACUGACUGUGGACAUGGAAUGUACUGCAAACACGGGAUGUGCGUGAACAAGGAGUUCGACCUGCAGCCGGUCCACGGGGAGUGGGGUCCCUGGGGGCCUUACAGCGUUUGCUCCAGGUCCUGUGGUGGAGGAACCCGCAGCACCGCCAGAGACUGCAACAAGCCUAUGCCCAGAAACGGUGGGAAGUUCUGCGUCGGUCGCAGGAUGAAGUUCCGCUCUUGCAACACUGAGCCGUGUCCGCGAGGACAGAAGGACUUCCGCGAAGAGCAGUGCUCUCACUUCGACGGCAAGCACUUCAACAUCAACGGUCUGCCUCCCACCGUCCGCUGGGUGCCCAAGUACAGCGGCAUACUGAUGAAGGAUCGCUGUAAGCUCUUCUGCCGGGUCGCUGGCACCAUGGCGUACUAUCAGCUGAAGGACCGCGUCACCGACGGCACGCCAUGUGGAACAGAUACUUAUGACAUCUGUGUUCAAGGCCUCUGCAGGCAAGCCGGCUGCGAUCACGUUCUCAACUCCAAGGCCAGGAACGACAAGUGCGGCGUGUGCGGCGGGGACAACUCGUCGUGCAAAACCCUCUCGGGGACCUUCAACGAUGCUCAGUACGGUUACAACACAGUGGUGCGGAUCCCAGCCGGAGCCACCAACAUCGACAUCAAACAGGUCAGCUACUCUGGGAAGCCGGAGGACGACAACUACCUCGCGUUAUCUGACAACCAGUCCAACUCGGUCCUGAAUGGGAACUUUGUGGUGGCCAUGUUCAAAAGGGAAAUCACCUUCAAAGGAACCGUCAUUGACUACAGCGGCUCGGACACACCAGUGGAGCGCAUAAACUGCACGGACCGCAUCCAGGACGAGCUCGUGCUGCAGGUCUUGUGUGUGGGAAACCUCCACAACCCAGAUGUCCGUUACUCCUUCAACAUACCCAUCGAGGAGCACGGGGAGCAGUUUGUGUGGGAGCCCUCAGGCUCCUGGCUCGAUUGCAACCGCAUCUGUCAGGGUGAGCGAAGACGAACGGCUGUAUGUGUGCGUAGGAGCGAUCACCUCGAGGUGUCUGACCAACGCUGUGAACAUCUACCUCGUCCCGUUGCUGUUGCCGAGCCCUGCAACCCGGACUGUGAAGUCAGGUGGCACGUCGCCGGGAAGAGCGAAUGUUCUGCCAAGUGUGGCCCCGGUUACCGCAGCUUGGACGUUCAGUGCAUGAAGUACAGCCUGAGGAAGAGACAGAGCGACCGGGUGGAGGCCAGCACCUGCGGAGACGCCGCCAAGCCUCAGACCAGGGAGCCGUGCCAUGGGGACUGUCUGCUCACGAGCUGGCAGUACAGCGCCUGGUCACAGUGCUCUAAGACCUGCGGACGCGGGAGCCGUAGCCGCGAGUCUUACUGUAUGAACAACCGGGGCAGGCGGCUGGUGGACCGAGAGUGCGGCGAAUACCAGAGGCUGGUCACUGAAACCUGCAGUGAGCAGCCGUGCCCCGAGUGGACGGAGAGCGAGUGGAGCGAGUGCCCGGUGACUUGUGGGAAGGGGACGAGACACAGACAAGUGUCCUGCAGCAUAGGAGCCGGGCAGGAAGAGCUAGGCGAGCACCUCUGCGACCCAUCCAGCAAGCCUGCUUCUGUGGGCGGCUGCGAGCUGCCCGACUGUGCGUCCUGGCAGGUCGGCGUCUGGGGAGGGUGUGCAGUGACCUGCGGCCAUGGCUACCAGAUGAGAGCGGUUAGGUGCGUGUCGGGGGAAUACGGGGCCACAGUAGACGAUAGAGAGUGCAAUGCUGCAGCGCGGCCCAGAGACACGCAGGACUGCGAGACGCAGCCGUGUCCCUGGGCCUCUCCGGUUCACAGCACAACUCGCCCUGAUAACUUUGCUCGGAUCCUGACCCAGUGGAGAUACGGCUCCUGGACUGCGUGCUCCGUGUCCUGUGGAAAAGGGAAGCGGGAGCGUUACGUCAGCUGCCGAGAUGCCCGGGGAGGAGUCGCUGACGAGUCGCACUGCACCCACCUGCCCCGGCCCCCGGAGUCCUCGGCCUGCUUCAGCCCCUGCGGCCAAUGGCGUGCCGGGGAGUGGUCUCCUUGCUCGGUGACUUGUGGCGUUGGAAGGACCACGAGGCAGGUGGUCUGCUCUAACUACCACCAGCCCGUGGACCGGUCCUUCUGUGACCCGGAGGAGCAGACCGUGACGGAGCAAGAGUGCACGGCCGCACCCUGCCCCUCCGUCCACCACCGUCAGCGCAUCAAUGACCAGCCCUACGGGUACCCGCAGGACCCCGGACGCCAUCCUGGCCACAGCAGCUGGAAUGUGCCUUCGGCAGACAACCAGUGGAGGACGGGACCCUGGGGCGCAUGUUCCAGUACCUGUGCGGGAGGUUUCCAGAGGCGAGUGGUGGUGUGUCAGGAUGCCGAUGGACGCAGCAACAGCUACUGCGAUGAGAGGGUCAAACCUGACGAGUCCAAAGGUUGCGACUCGGGACCUUGUCCCGUGUGGAACUUCGGUGUCUGGGGAGAGUGCACGCAGACCUGCGGUGGCGGAAGGAGGACUCGCCUGGUGGUUUGUCAGAGGCCCAACGGUCAGAUGCUAAACAACUACAACUGCGACAUCCUGGACAAGCCGCCCGACAUGGAGCAAUGCAACCUGCAGCCCUGCCCAGGCUCCGCCUCCUGGCUGCGCCGACCAUGGAAGCCGUGUUCAGUGAGUUGCGGUCGAGGCACCAAGCAGCGGCAGAUAGCCUGUGUGUAUCAGAACCAAAGCCAAAUAGCGGAGGAACACUGCGGUCAUCUUCCUCGGCCGCGGACGCAGAAGUCCUGUCGGGCUCGAGGAUGCCCGAGCUGGAAGGCCAACAGAUGGACGGAGUGUUCUGUUACCUGUGGAGUGGGAGUUCAGAACCGACGUGUUUACUGCAGACUAAAAGGCACCGGACAGGUCCGGGAGGACCUCUGUGGAGCCCACCUGCGUCUCGCCGCUGUCCGGCCUUGCCAAACUGCAGAAUGCACACACUACUCUUGGGUUGCCGGUGAAUGGGAAGAAUGCAACGCGACAUGUGGAGAAGGCAGAAGAAGCAGGAAGGUGGGCUGCAUGGGCCCAGGAAUCACACCCGUCCAGGUUGAUUAUUGUGAGCCCUCGUCCCAGCCGCCAUCCCACCAGCCCUGCCAAGGAGCUCCCUGCCACCACACGUGGACCACAGGGCAAUGGUCUCAGUGCUCUGCCAGCUGUGGGGUGGGAUACCAGCAGCGUGCAGCCUCCUGCUCCGUGAUGCCCUCCUCUCAGGCCCGCCGCCCGUACGCCGCCGCGUCUUCCAGCACCCGCUGCCCCGAGCCCCAGCCCCCGGGCUCCAGGCCGUGCCUCCUCAGGGACUGCCCGCACACAACCUACUGGAAGGUUGGGCCUUGGAGCAAGUGUUCGCAGACCUGCGGGGCCGGAGUGAUGGAGCGCAGGGUGGAGUGUGUGACCCCCAAAGGCCAACCGUCCAAACACUGCCGUCCUUCAGGAAGGCCCGAGUCCCAAGCUGCGUGUCAGGACACAGAGUGCCAGUUGUUCGCUUCAUGUCGAGACGUCCAGAUGAGGCUCGGGGUGAAGAUAGAUGGGGAAUACCAUCUGAAAGUGAAGUCCCGGAUACUACAGAUUUACUGUGCUGAGAUGCAGACUGAUUUCCCCAAGGAGUAUGUGACCUUACGCAGCGGGCAGACGGACAACUACUCUGAGGUGUAUGGCAACAGGCUGCUGAACCCCUUUGAAUGUCCGUUCAACGGCAGCCGAAGGCAGGACUGCGACUGCAGGAACGACUACUCAGCGGCUGGAUACACACUCUUCCACAAAGUCCGUGUGGACCUAAGCUCCCUGAGGAUAAUGAUCACAGACCUGCAGUUUUCCCAGACUCUUCUCGGUCGACCUGUGCCCUUUGGUACGGCGGGAGAUUGUUACAGUGCAGCCAAGUGUCCCCAGGGCCAGUUCAGCAUCAAUCUGAUUGGCACUGGUCUGAAAGUGGCCGAGGAAACCAAAUGGACUUCACAAGGCAACUACGUGUCCAUCAAAGUUCACAGAUCUGAGGACGGAACAAGAAUCUACGGCCGCUGUGGGGGUUUCUGUGGGAAGUGCAUUCCCCAGGCUAACAACGGCCUACUCCUCCAAGUCCACUGAGGAUCCACGCAAGGACCCAACCCGGAAACCACGCUGAAGACUGGCGCAGAAACACGCAGUAGCAGGGAUUAGUUGGACCCCGUCGCCACGUGUAAGUGUGGCGGAGGAGCAUUUAGCAGUAAUCUUCCCACUGUAACAUACCCACUUCCCAAAUGGCAGCUAAAGCAUUCAAGAGACUAUUCACAGUUCUGUGCAGCGCUACAAGGCCCCUUUCUGGACCUUCAUCCUAACUGCGGACUCUGAAGAAGAGCCAGCUGCAUCUGCAUGUCAACUGCGUUGCAAUCACUAUCAAACAGGUCUGUGCGUUGGAACCUGCGAUGUUUUAUCUUAACACUGUUGUGCGUUAUUUUUAGCAUUAUACAAAGGGAUAGUUCAAGACACUGGGAAGGGAAUGCGUUACCUGGAGAAAGUGAAGCUCAUUCUAUGAAAGAUAAAUUACUUUUUUUCAAGAAUGAUCUCGCAAUCAAUAAGAAAGUAUAGCGAUUAAUAUACUGUUUGUUUGUAUUAAUCAUUUUAAUCCUGUGGUAAGAAGAAGUGCUACAAACUCACAUAGAAAUAGUAUCCAAGGGAUGGAUGUAUUAUUUUAAUAUGAAAACCUCUAAAGGAGCUACACUGCUGACCGUCUUGGCCUUACAGAAGUUUAGUUUGACAUGUUGGUACAUCCUGAUUUUUUUGUCGGGAGUCAGAUGGAAAGAUAUCGCUCAGUGUUUACGAUAAAUGUGAAUCUUUAUCUUUGAGGCGCCAGACUUGAAGAGAGAGUAAGCUUGCAACUAACUACUGAUACGACCUGCCUUACGAGGUCAAACCUUAGGAGGGCGCGAGAAGCCUUUAGAACAACUACAGAUGCUUUUACUUUUUAUUGUUGUGUAUUUCUAAAGUCAGUCGUCGGGUAUUUCACAACACUACUGCGGUUAUUAUUACGGACACAUAGAGACAGAAUAAACCCGAGCGACGUGAGGAGUAAAUAGCUGAAAUAUUUGCUGGUGUAGUAGUGAGUAUAAAAGUCUUCUUUGGCUUUUUCAAACUAAGAGGAUUCUGUUAUCUUUGGAUAGUUUUUCUUUAGUGAAGCCACAAAAACAAAUCUGUUACGCCGGGACACGGUAUCCUCCAUCGGGCCUACUGUAGGUGCCUGCAACCCCUACCUCUUACAAACACCCAUACUCUACUGAGAUAUGUGUUGUGAUAUAUUUAUGUUGACCAUAUUUAUUCUGUAAUGACUGUAGAUAUGUUCAAUGUUUUACGGUACAACGACUACUACCAACGGAGAAGCCUUUUUGUCUGCUUUGCAAAAAAAAAAAAAAGUAUUAGUCUACUACUACAUGUAGUGUUGAACCACUAACGUUAAGUGUCAAUCUUCUGAAUGGUGCUGUUGAACUACUGGAAUUGCUUCUCACCUUGAGAUUUUGACAUUUCAGCAAAUGCGACACUGGCCUAUAAUGCAUGUAACGGUCCUCUUAUUAGUGUAGCUGAAAAAAAAUGGCUUCAAGGUUGUAGGGUGGUUCAGAUGAACCACUGCAUGAGGACGUUUGUCCUCCGGUAGUAAUCAACUCAUUAGAAAUGGCUUUAACAAUGACCACCACAGCUAUCGACCUAACAUGCUUGUACUCCGAUGUUAAGCUUUAACCAAAGUUAGAAUAUAGUAUCAUUUUUUCUUUUCUCAGACAAUGCCGCCCCUUUUUGAUCUUUAGACCGGCUGAUUAAGAAAUGACAGAAAUAAGUCAAUGAGCAGCUAGAAAACCUUUGGCCAUCAUUUGUUUUUGUGAUGGUCAAUUGUUCUAUGAGGUCUGUAUCAGAAAUUUAAAGAAUACUUGAUGCACUAUGUGCCACACAUGUUGUAGAAAUGUAAUCCUUUUUUGUAAUAACCGUUAAGAUAACUUAUGAUAUAUAGUGUAUUUCUUAAUAUUCAUACUUGAAUUGUAAACAGUGUGCUAUAUUGGGAAUGAUUGGUAGUGAAUAAAGAAACUGUGUGCAGUCAUGCUUUAUCCAAAGAUAUUUUUAAGAAUCAUACGUACCCACAGUAUGUAUGUAGCCUGUGCUAAAGACAUCAAUGAUUGAUGCUGGUGCUAUGUCUUCUAAUCGUACCUAUACUGUGUAAUGUGUAUGUCUUGCUACUAUACUAACGCUGUUUAAAACAAGUAAUAAUAAAACAUGCUUUUAAGCUGAAUCAA